GAGGAGGGAUUGGCAAUUCCUCCCCGUCCGUCCCGCCCACCCUCCGGGUCCCUCUGCGAAUCAGCGGGAUGCUGUCAGCGCGUCAGUUUCUCUGGCUCCCCUCUGCCAGUCCCAAGCGCGUCUCUUAUCAAAGAAACACACCAACUGCAUUGAAUCAUAUCAUUAUCAUGGGGACUGUUUGUUUUUCAUGGCACUUUUGUUUGUUUUUCGCUCUCUUCUACACCGGCAGGUUUGCGGGAGGCAAUGGGGUCCCAGAUGCUGAUGAAUGUGCCGAAGGGACAGACGAUUGCCACAUUGAUGCAAUAUGUCAAAAUACACCUAAAUCCUACAAAUGCAUCUGUAAACCAGGUUAUAAAGGAGAAGGGAAACAAUGUGAAGACAUUGACGAGUGUGAAAAUGACUUCUACAAUGGGGGUUGUGUCCAUGAAUGCAUCAACAUUCCAGGCAACUACAGGUGUACAUGCUAUGAUGGGUUCAUGUUGGCUCAUGACGGUCACAACUGUCUUGACGUUGAUGAGUGUCUGGAUAACAAUGGAGGAUGCCAACAGAUUUGUGUGAACACAAUGGGCAGCUAUGAGUGUCAAUGCAAGGAGGGUUUUUUCCUGAGUGAUAACCAGCACACCUGUAUUCACCGCUCCAAUGAGGGUAUGAACUGUAUGAACAAAGAUCACGGGUGUGCACAUAUCUGCCGGGAGACGCCCAAAGGUGGGGUUGCCUGUGAAUGUAGGCCUGGCUUUGAGCUUGCCAAAAACCAGAAGGACUGCAAAUUAACCUGUAACUAUGGAAAUGGAGGCUGCCAACACACCUGUGAUGACACAGAUACUGGUCCUGUGUGUGGUUGUCAUCAGAAGUAUGCCCUGCACUCAGAUGGCCGAACAUGCAUCGAGAAGGAUGAGGCUGCAAUUGAGAGUUCUGAGUACAAUGCCACGUCAGUAGCUGAUGUGGACAAGAGGGUGAAACGGCGGCUACUUAUGGAAACAUGUGCUGUCAAUAAUGGAGGCUGUGAUCGUACUUGCAAGGAUACGGCAACAGGGGUACGUUGCAGUUGCCCAGUUGGAUUUACCCUGCAGCCUGAUGGGAAAACAUGCAAAGACAUUGAUGAGUGCUUGGUAAACAAUGGUGGCUGUGACCAUUUCUGCCGAAACACUGUUGGUAGCUUUGAAUGCAGCUGCCAGAAGGGCUAUAAACUACUAACAGAUGAACGAACCUGCCAAGAUAUAGAUGAGUGCUCAUUCGAAAGGACUUGUGACCAGACCUGCAUCAACUACCCAGGAAGUUUCGAAUGUCUCUGUCACAAAGGCUACACCCUGUACGGCAUGACACACUGUGGAGAUGUCGAUGAAUGUAGCAUCAACAACGGUAGCUGCGACUAUGGGUGCAUUAAUACAAUGGGGAGCUAUGAGUGCGUCUGUCCACCUGGAAAGAAGCUACACUGGAAUAAAAAGGACUGUGUUGAGAUGGUGAAAUGCCUCCCAAAUGCCAAACCAGCUCCUAAGGCUCAACUCAUCUGUAGUAAAUCAGGAGGAAUAGAGAGCUGCUUUUUGUCAUGCCCUUCCAAGACACUUUUUGUUCCAGAUUCAGAGAAUAGUUACACACUGAGCUGUGGAGUUCCAGUACAGCAAGGCAAAGCCCAGCAGAAACGCAACACAACACUUCCCAGUUGUGCAGAUUCAUUAGCCCCACCAAUCAAGCAGAAAGCUCGCUUUAAAAUUAAAGAUGCAAAGUGCCAUUUACGGCCUCGCAGCAAAGAAAAGAUUAAAGACAUUGGCAAGCCAACUAUUAUAGGAGGUCAAUUCCCUUGUACAGACAACUGCCAGGUGACCUUUGUGAACCUCAAGUGUGAUUCCUCCAAGAAAAAGCGUCGGGGCCGCAAGUCACCAUCGAAAGAAGUGUCCCAUAUCACUGCCGAAUUCGAAGUGGAGAUGAAGUCUGAGGAAGUCUCAGACACCUGUAACCUUGACUGUGUGCGGAAAAGGAUGGAGCAGAAGCUGCAAACUGCAAUCAAAACAUUGAGAAAAUCUAUUAACAAACAGCAAUUUUACAUUCAGUUUUCUGGGACAGAGUACGAAGUGGCUCAUAAGCCAGCUAAGGCUACUGAAGGACAUGAAGCAUGCAGUACAGGGCAAGUGCUGCAGGAUGGAAAAUGUGUUACCUGCAGCAUGGGAACCUAUUACAGUGGAGAACAUAAUCAGUGCCUUCCUUGCUCACCAGGAACAUACCAAGACACAGAAGGUCAACUUUCUUGUGAACCUUGCCCAAGUAACGACGGACAGGGAAUAGCAGGCGCACGGAAUGUGUCAGAAUGUGGAGGGCAGUGUUCUCCUGGGUAUUUCUCUUCAGAUGGCUUUAAACCUUGUAGAGUGUGCUCUCUUGGUACAUAUCAGCCUGAGCCAGGCAGGACCCUUUGCUUUCCAUGUGGCGGUGGACUGGUGACAAAAUAUGAAGGUGCUGUUUCAUUUCAGGACUGUGAAACAAAAGUUCAUUGUUCUCCUGGCCACUACUACAAUUCCACAACACACAGAUGUAUCAGAUGUCCUGUUGGAACCUACCAGCCUGAAUUUGGUCAAAAUUACUGCAUUAGCUGCCCUGGGAAUACAAGUACAGAUUUUGAUGGCUCAACUAAUGUUACACACUGUAAAAACCAGCAUUGUGGAGGGGAACUUGGAGAUUAUACCGGCUAUAUCGAGUCUCCCAAUUACCCUGGUGAUUACCCAGCUAAUGUUGAAUGCAUUUGGAAUAUAAAUCCACCCCCGAAGAGGCGAAUACUCAUUGUGGUUCCUGAGAUAUUUCUUCCAAUUGAAGAUGAGUGUGGUGAUGUUUUAGUAAUGAGAAAAAGUGCCUCCCCUACGUCAAUUACCACAUAUGAAACAUGUCAGACUUAUGAGAGACCAAUAGCAUUUACCUCCAGAUCACGAAAGCUAUGGAUUCAGUUCAAAUCAAAUGAGGGAAACAGUGGCAAAGGAUUUCAAGUCCCAUAUGUGACAUACGAUGAGGAUUACCAACAGCUGAUAGAAGACAUUGUUCGAGAUGGACGAUUAUAUGCAUCAGAAAAUCAUCAAGAAAUUCUAAAAGACAAGAAAUUGAUCAAAGCCCUCUUUGAUGUAUUGGCACAUCCUCAAAACUAUUUCAAGUACACAGCACAAGAGUCAAAGGAGAUGUUCCCACGAUCAUUUAUAAAACUAUUGCGAUCAAAAGUUUCCAGAUUUCUACGACCAUACAAAUAGCUUCCUAGUGAUAUUCAAUUUGGGGUUAUUUCCUGUCAAAUAUUGUAUUUUCCUCCACAGUAGAAACAUUUGCUAAUUGGAAGGUUAUUUUUUGGCAGUCUUUACUUUCAAUUAUAUACUGAAGAAUAACUAUAAUGUUUUAUAAUUGUUAAAAGCCAAUAUUCUGAAUGGGAUUUUUACUUCAAAGAAGAAUACUUGUGGAUCCUUGAGUGCAUCUAAUUGAAGAUCCAAAUUUGUGUCUGCACUAGUGUUUCUUCAUGUUUCAUUUGAAAAUGUUUGUUUUAGAAAAUAUAUUUUCUAAGCCUUUUCAUUUUCUAGCAAAAAUAGUUUUCUUCUAAGCAAAGAAGAAACCUGUUCAACCUGGUUAAACAAACUACCUGUUUUGUGAUAGAAAGGAAUAUGUAGCAUAAAUACUAUUUGGAUUUUGAAUUGCACUUGAACUUUAUAUUUGAAAUUUUAGAAGAAAACAAAAAAAAUCUAAAUUUUGUUAUUUCCCAUUUGUGGUUUUGUGGAGACUUUGUUCUAGUAUAAACCAAAAAAAGAAAGGGGAGAAAAAAAAAAAAGGAAAUGGAUGUAUAAUUUUGUUUUAUGGAUUAUACAAGAUUGAAUCCCAUGCCCUAUCUGUUUUAUCUGCCCUAUUGUAGACUUCUUCAAAGGUCUACCACUACCUGUCCUGCUGCAGAUACAGUCAAGGAAUUUUAUAUGCCAUUGGGUCUCUUUGAAGACUUUUACAAUAGAGUGGAUGAGAAACAAAGAAAAAAAAGUAGUCGUCCGUUUUUCUUUUCCUUAUUAGAGCAUCUAAUUAAGUACAAUAUAUAAAUAUAUAAAUAUAUACUUCUAUUUGUGGGUUCAUUAGUAAUAUUAUCUUUAGUUACUGUAAAUAUUACUCAGGCUUAAAUCUCUACUCCCACGCACAGUAUUUACUCGUAUCUAUUUGUGACUUCACUUAGAUGAUUAAAUAACUUCUCCAAGUGCUUGUAACUUCUGUUUAUCCCAAACUGAAGUGUCUUUGAAUUUUAUGAUACAAGAAAAGAAUAACUUUCACUUAGACAGUCUUGUCAAGUAUAAAUUAUUCGGUGGAAGGAUGAGAGAUUUUAGUUCAUGUGAAAAUUCAUUAUUUUGCUACCUACUUUCCAAUAUCUCAUUCAGCAAGUGGUCCUAUUCUUCCUCCUUGUUCAGGUACUCCUUUUGUCAAAAUCAAUGGGAGUUACUCCUGAGAAAGGAGCAAUGAAUAGGACUUCAGGAGAGAUUAACUUUUACAUUAGAUUUGACAUCUCUAAAUCAUUACAGAAAUAUACCUCUUUUGUAUAAGUCAAAUUUCUAAAGGGGAAAAAACAGAAAUAAUUUUUGCAAUCCAUUUUAAAUAUUUUUAAAUUAAUUAAAUAUACACUAGUAGCUGGAUCCUGCAUGCCUUGGGCACCCAAAAUUUCCACUUACUUGAGUAGCAGAUACACACCUAAAACACCCAUUAGCUUCAUAUGAACAUAAGAAAUUGCCAUAGUAUGUCAGAUUAGUGGCCAUCUUCUGACAGCAACAAGAAGGUGCAAGAAUCCUGUCAUCCCCAUCAAUUCGCUGACGUAACAGUGGAUUUUAAUGAGAGAUUGUAUAUUUUUGUUAGCUCCACAGCCACUUCAUUUUUCAGUUUCUUCAGAACUCUUGGAGGGGUACCGUCUGGGGUCUGGUGAUUUGUUUCAUUUACCAGGGAGGUUCACCACCCUCCCCUUUGUCCCUCAUUUUUAUUAUCUAAGGAGAGUAGGUAUCACCCCGACAUCUCUUGUGGUGAAGACUGUGGCAAAUACAUCAUUUAACUUUGCUCUUCCGCUGCUCCCUUAUCUUCCUGGUAAUCCAAAAGACCUAUGAAUUCUCUCAAAGACUUUGUGCUUCUGAUGUAUACUUUAAAGAUGUUUUGCACUAAUUUAUAUGCAUAUAUUUUUAUGUCUGGCUAAUCACUCUUCAAACUCCCAUUUGGCUUUCUUAAUUUCCAAUUUACAUUUUAUCGGCAAUAGUUUCUGUUCCUUUCUCCUGGCUACAGCUGAGCUGGACUGCCAUUUCCUGAAAGAUACCUGUUUGGUUUUAAUCCCUUUUUUAAUCUGGCCAUUUAGCUGUUUGGAGGAGAGGGGAGUUGCCUUCUUUCCUGUUUGUUCUGUUAUAGUGUGCUGAAAAUAGUCUCCAAACUGAUUUUAAGUUCUUUGUUUUUAAUUAAAGGGCCUUUUUGAAUAGCUUCCUCCUUUUUAAGGAAAAUUCUCCUUUCAGAAUUGAAUGUCACUGUGCUAGCUUUUAUAAGAUCUCUUCCUCAAGGGUGGUGAACUUAAUUUUUUAAAUGAUCACUAUUGCCUAGUAGGAGUCCAAGGAUGGGUGUCCCAAGGGAUGUAUGAUCAGUGCUAGGCCUAGUGCAUUUGUAGAAUGGAAAACCAUUUGCUAACUGUAGGGGCGGGGGAGCUAGUAGAAAAUACUUAUAAUUAUACAUAGUUUGUACAAUAAAUUGCAGUGGAUCAUACAAGAAUCUAUGUAGAUCACAAAUAUGAAUGCAUAAAUCUGAAAGCUCAAAGACAACUAGAAAGAAACCUAGUAUUUCAGAGUGAUGUGAACAUUGCAAAGGUGUCCCAGAGAUUAUCCAGAAUGGUUGAAUUGGUCAUCAUUACCGCAAUCCAAUUUAAAGAUAUUGGAAAACUGACUGAAAUUCUCAAAAGAAGACACACAAUUUAAAGAAAUGAAAUAACACCAUCAUUUCCUGAAGGCUGCACAUUGUUCUCUGAACUUUCAAACUGCAUUUCUCAAUUUAAGGAAAUAAGUCUGGGUCUAAUGCUGCGCAGUACUGAAUGUCUCAUGCAGACUAUACGGCACCUAAAACCCCCAUUCAGCAACUCACAGGAUUGGUCCCAACAACACUGUAAAAUAUUACUGGCCUGCAGGGCAAAUAAUCUUUUUUGCAACACAGCACAAGGUAAUUUCCCUUGCAGGUCAGGAAUCCCUUUUCAGUGCAGUAACACUUUUAGGGCUUUCAGUUAAACUGGUAUGAAGCCAGGACAAAGGCUUGUCUACACUAGGGAGUUGCCCUGAUCACAGCCAUUGGUGGCCAGCCAACAGUAUAGCUGCACUAGUGGAAACCACUAGCAGAAGCAAGCUAAACUAUGAUUUGCACUGGUGCAGUUUACCCCAGCUUAAAAUGGCUACGCUACACUAGUGCUUAUUGCAGUUUAACUUGUCUACACUAGAGGUUUGUACUGAUGCACCUACUCUGAUGUCUGGCCACUAACUGCUGCAAUCCCCAGUAUAGACCAGGCCGAGCUCUGAGGAUGCCCUCCAUUACACGGAUGCAACACUCACUGAUUUGUUCCCAGGUAAUAAAGGUAGAAUUUGGGUCAUUGACUGUGCUGUAACCAAGAGAACAAUUUCGCCAUUACAAGUACACAGCUGACAUACUGAAUGUUUCUUGUGCUGUAUAUGUAGAAAAUCAUAUAUUUUAUGUGAUGUUUGUGUUUCCCCGUAGAAAUGUGCCAGGCAGAUGUGCAAAUUUCUAAUGAAAAAAGUUAGCAUCAAGUGAUAGAUAAUAUUGUCUUAGCAGAUUUGGGAUUCUUGUUGUUAAUACAAGCUGGUUUUCAUAAAAAUGCAUAUAAUAUUUCACUUACAUGAUAAAAGUGAAAAUUGCUAUUAAAAAUUCCCAUCCAAAAGUAUGGUAUGAAUUUCAGAGCUGUGUAAGGGCUUUGAAAAACCAAGUUGGUGACUCAUAUUGGCAGAAACUGUCAUUCAUCAAAUAGAAUAUGGUGCCACAUUAAUGUGAGUUGGGCUUCUGAUUUGUGAAUGAUUGUAUUUUCAUUAACAGCAGUCACAGACUGAUAUGGCAGUUUGUCAGAACAUGUCACCAUUCAGUAACAGCAACAGAGCAAGAAAUGGCUUGUUUUGUAGGUGGAGAUAAGCUAUCAAACUUCGGAGACUCAAAGCACGUGGGAGAAAUAGGGACAUUAAUAAUGCUUCCCUCUUUGUGAGAGAGGCACCUUCAUGAUACCAAAAAAUAAGAGAUUCAAAAUUGCAGGUUGCAGGUGUGAAAAAAAUGGUAGAUCUUACCUAAAUAGAGAAUAUUGCAUCUAUAUCUAGUGCGGCAAAUGAUCUCCCAUUUAUGGCUUCACGUGUUACUACAGGGCGAUUGAAAACUGUAUUAAUUUGUGAUGGCCUAAUUCCAUAUCCACAAAUGACCUUUUUUUGUUCGAUUUGAAAAUGUUCUUAUGUUUAAAAGCUGAACACCAGUAGCACUUAUUUUUUAAAUCUCUCCUUCUACCCUAAAUUCUGCACUUAUUGUUUGAGAGAGAUGGUAAUGAAUCAUCCCUAAAUAUUCUUCAUCUCCCACAAAAACAACAGACUGAAUAUAUUUUCUGUGAUCUUGUAGUCUGCAAUAAUUAGAAGUUGCUUGAUAAUAAUGCCAAAAUCAUCACAUUCACUAAUUGUUAAUAACUGUUAUGGGGUAGGCAUGUGGGUUUCAUUUGAGCACAGCCAGAAACAGGGCACUGAAUUCAAUGGGCCAGAUCCUCAGCUGAGUAUUGCCUUCAAUGGAGUUACGACAAUUUAAACCAGCUGAGGAGCUAACUCAGUAAGACUGAAUUUUUAACUUUUGAUAUAUUCUUUCAUCCUACCAUCUUUCCCUACAUUCCUCCCUCUGUUGUACACAAAUGAUCUCUAAAACACUUUCUCUUUUUGCCUUAUCUUUGUGUUUUGUUUUGUUUUGCCCCAGAGAGUAAAGUCAAAGCACUCUAUGGUAUAAUUAUUGGAGAUGAGCCCAAAUCACGAGAACACCCGCAAACUUUGUGGAAGUGUUAAAUCUGAAGCUGGCUCAGUAAUUUGCCACUCGUUCCAAACCCUCUGACAGGUCUGAAGCAAAGCCCUGUAUUUGAACUUCCCAAACUUUAGGAAGUUUUGAAUCCAGAUCUGGACAUUAUGCCUGCUGCAUAUGUCCAGUAAUUCUGUUUCUAUGGGAAUGAUUGUGCUAUCAGAAGAUGAUGUACUUUUAUUUAUUAACUCUGUCAUAUAUCUUCUCUAGGCAUGGAAAAUCAUAACGUAAAAAGUCUAUUCUCCAUGGGCUGACAGACUGUACAUCCAAAAGGCUGUUAGUGAGUCCUUAACAACUGAAGUGGGUUGGCAGAAAGAAUUGAGGAGCUUUAAGUGAAAAGCAUCCUGUUCUUACACUGAAUCUUAAAAGGAGGGAGAGCCAUAUGCUGCAUCCAUGAAAUUCUUCAGUAAUUUAGUUCAUUUAUCCCAGCUGCCACAGUGGAUGCUAAUCUUCCCUCAUUGGUGAGACAAUUGUUGGAAAAUAGGUCUAUCUUCCAAACCUUGAAAUUUAAACAGGAUCAAAGCUAUUUCUAUGAGCUACAAAAGAAUGUUCUGCGAAUCUUUGAAUGUAAUAUAUAGAAUGAUACAAUACUGAAGAGAGGAACUAUAAAAAGGCACUGGCCCUGAUUCUUCUCUCACACCAAUUUUACACCAGAGUAACUUCACUGACUUAGUGCAUUUACUCCUGUUUUACACUGGCUUAAGCGAGAGGAGAAUUGGGCCCAGAGUUUUCAGAGAGUCUGCAGUUUGAUUUAUUAGAUGGCUUCUGAUAAGCACGAUUGAUUUUUCAGUCCUAUGUCAUACAAGUAGGACUACAAAGAAGAGAUUUUGAUCCAAUGUGGGCAAAUUAUCCAAAAUUAAACUUCCAAACUAGAAAGGCUCCCUUGUUAAUUUACCCAGCAUAUUUGAAUUUAUUAUUUCAACCAUUUUUAUAAAUAAACCAGGAUUAACUAUUGUGGAUAUCUACCUUCAAAAUAAUCUUUCAGAGUGAAAGCAGCAUUGUGAUUCAUAGUCUACUAGAACUGCUACAUCAACUGGUCUUUGACUUUACUGAUGUCUGGAUUCUGACUAACUUUUAAUGCUCUUUAAAAAAAAAUCUGGGAUGAAAUCCUGACCCCAUUGAAGUCAAUGGCAAAGCUCCCAUUGACUUCAGUGGAGCUAAAGAGCCGGACCUACGAAUACGAUUACACAUAUUGGUGUGAUGGUUUCGUCUAACUGCUGUUUCUUUCUUUAGUUUAAACUAUCAUUUGAUGGGAAUGUCAGUAACUGGGAAAGUUCUAUAGAAUCUCAGCACGUUGAGACUUUUGAUACUUAUUUAGAUAGUUUUCUAGGAUGAGAGAAUGUUGUGAGCACUUGAAAAAAAAUGAAAGACUUUUGUCUUCCACUAGAAUUGUUUUAGGAAGAAGGGAAAUUACUGUAAAAUAAUAUGACCUUAUUCCUCAGUUUUGGGCUUGGAUGCAAAAGCAAUCUCUCUCUCUUUAUCAUCACACUUUCCAUUAGAACAGAAAUGUACAGGAAGAUUAACUCUUUAAGGCAAAGAAUUGUUAUCUAAGUAUCUGAAUAUAUACAAUUCCAGUUUACUAUUUCAUUUAUUUAUUCUGUUUCUACAAUUAGUUAUUAAUCUAUAAAAUUAAUGUGUAAUAUACAACAAUAAAAAUGUACAGUGGCACCUUUCGAUGUAAUAAUUUAAACCAUCUGUAUUCAGAAUGCUGAGAUAACAAGUUUAAAUACAUACGAACUUUUGCAGUUGGGUUUCAACUUUUGCUUAUGUAUGGCACUGAUUCUACUUUUAAAGACAAUAACUCUAAGUACUAUUCUAUGGCAUUUUAGGAAUAUUCAGUGCAUUGUAUUUUAAAUGACUGUAGUAAAGAAGUAACUUUAAUUUAACACUUGCAUUGUUUUCAUUCGGUGACUGUAGCUUUAUACUUCCACAGCAUACCCAGAAAUGUGUACUCUAAGAAAUACAGCUGAAUUACUUAUCACUAAUUAAUCUUCCGCAUUCAGGAAAACAACAAACAGCUCUGUUUAACAAAAUUUUAUUUUAAUGAAACAUCUUGUCUUUUUAGAGGGUUUUUAUUGUUUUUCUUUUUAACAUUUUUUUAAUUAAAAUUAUUUUGUAAAUAUGUUUUUUCUGCAUUUUAUACCUUAGAAAUACUGCUAGUUUGCAUUGACAGCAGUCGUUACUGAAAUGUGAUGAUUAAAAAGUUACAUUAGGGCCCGGGUUGCAUUUAGUCAGUUGCAAGAUUCAUUUCUAUGGUUAGUCCUGUUAUUCCUGCAGUCUCCCUGGGAUCAUAACAAAGGUUUUCUCGGGCAGUAUAGCCUUCUAGUUGUGGUAGCGGUGACUAUCAAUUACCAUUCUGAAGUGCUUACUAUUUUCAUAACAUAAAGAACAUGUAAGUUAAAGUAAGCGUUAGCUUGAUUAAGGGGAAAAAAUAAAGUCCAGAAACAAAAAGGGGAUUCAGAACAUUAUGCCCAGUAUAAUACAGAGAUCAGGAAAAGUACACUAUAUCUGUGUGACUUGGUUGCCGUGGAAGUGGUAAAACUACGCAUUGGUCCUGAUCUGGGAGUCCUUAAUUCGGCAAAACUGCCACUAAGAUCAGUGAGAGUUUUGCCUGAUUAAAGUCAACUAUAUCCUUUAUAUGUUUAACAGGAACUUCUGUUAGGCUAGACCUGGGGGGAAAAUUACUGGUAAUAUGAUACUGGUUUAUGUACUGUUUUGCUGUUUAUAGAUCACUGGGCAUGAGUGAUGAUUUGAACUAAAUCCUUGUAGCUGCUGCUGGUGAGGCUAAGGUUUACUGUUUUGCUGUUUAUAGAUCACUGGGCAUGAGUGAUGAUUUGAACUAAAUCCUUGUAGCUGCUGCUGGUGAGGCUAAGGUUUAUUACCUAUGUAAAUUAUGUACAAACAGCUAUUUCCAUAUGAAUUGUACCAUGUUAGUUAGAGCAAAGAUAGUGAAUAACUGUACAAAGUUUGAUACUUAGAAAAUAAAAUACAGUGGUCUGAGCUUUACCAACAUUUUAACAAAACUGACAGAUUCAGUAGUAGCAAAUGUUGUUGUAAAUGUAUCUUAUCUAACUCUACAUUUCCCUUUGCCUCUGUAUAGCAAUAGCUUUGUUUAAUAUGUCAAAGCUCAAAAUGAAGCAUGUAAUAAAACUUUUGCUAGAAUCACUUUCAUAAUAAACGUAAAAUGGAAUACA